AUGGAGCUCAGUCAACUUCCUCUUGUGCUCUUGCUGAUUUCAAACAUCUACUCUGGACAAACUGAAGAAACCCCAAAAGCCACAGUGACCAUCAAACCUGCUCAACGUGUGUUCAGAGGAGAGAGAGUCACUCUCAGAUGUGACAUAAAUGAUGAAGGAGUCACUCGCUGGCAGUACGGCUGGUAUAAAGACGGUUCAAACAAAUCUUUCAGUAAACUACAGGAAUACACAUUCAGUUCUGUUACUGAGUCUGAUGCAGGUAAAUUCUCCUGUGAUGGAGCAGAGCCAGGAGGAUCACACAGCUUGCACCGCAGUGAUGAAGUUACACUGGAGGUGUCAGUUCCCAGAGCAGUUUUAAGUGUUUCUCCACAGUCGUGGUUGACUGAAGGAGAUCCAGUGACUCUGAUCUGUGAGGUUAACGGCUCCUCUACAGGCUGGACAUUCAGCUGGUUCACUCUAUCUCUCUCAUCAGUCAGCAAUCAUUAUGAGCUGCUCUCAGACAGCAGCAGAGGAGCUGGAGGAAACUACACCGUCAGUUCUGCUGCUCUAAAACACACAAGAGUUUUUAUGUGCACAGCAGAGAGAGAAGAACCAGUCGAUUACACAGAGUACAGCAACAAACAGUUAAUAUGGGUCACCGGUGUUUCUCCUCCAGUCUCUCUGAUCGUCAGUCCCAGCAGAAAUCAACACUUCACAUCUGUCUCUCUCUCUCUGAGCUGUGAGGAGCAGAGUAACUCUACUGGAUGGACCGUGAGAAGAUACACAGACACCUGGCGGCUGGAAAAUUGUUCAUCAUCAUUGUGGGGAUCACAAACAGGAUCUACAUGUACAAUCAGAGACACCAGCACAGAGGACACUGGAGUGUACUGGUGUCAGUCUGAAUCUGGAGAGAAAAGUCAUCCUGUUAAUAUCACUGUACACUCUGGUGUGAUUCUGGAGAGUCCUGUUCAUCCUGUGACUGAAGGAGAAACUCUGACUCUACGCUGUUUAGAUCAAAAUACAUCCUCACCAAAGCUCAGAGCUGAUUUCUAUAAAGAUGGGUCACUCAUCCAGAAUCAAACUACAGAGAUGAUCAUCUCUACUGUCUCAAAGUCAGACGAGGGUUUCUACUCCUGCAAACUCCCAGAGAGAGGAGAGUCACCCAAGAGCUGGAUCUCAGUCACAGAUGAGAGUCAAUCAAACUUGUCUCAUUCAGGAUCUCAGAUCUCUGUCCUCCACACACUCACUUCUGUUCUGGCAGUUUGUCCAUAUCUGCUCGUGACAGUCGUGCUGAUUUUCAAGUGCUACAGGAUGAGAGUUGGAUCUGUUGAAGAACAAGAAACUGCAAUCUGAUCUUAAUCUGUCAUGAUGGUGAGAAAACUUCAGCUUCAUCCUGGAAUCUUUCAGUAUCUCAGUUCAGACUGAACAUGACUUACUGUAAAAGUCAAUUUUUUGGGAAAGACUCCUUUUGACAUCUCACAGUUGUUAAAGUCAACAUGAAGCAGCAUCACAACUCUUGACUUCUGAGUGAGACAGAAUAUUAAUCAGAAAAUGUGUAGAGAAGAACUUGAUUU